AUGAACCUCUCCAUGAGAGAUCCGGUGAUUCCUGGGACGAGCAUGGCCUACCACCCCUUCCUACCUCACCGGGCGCCGGACUUCGCCAUGAGCGCGGUGCUGGGACACCAGCCGCCCUUCUUCCCCGCGCUGGCGCUGCCUCCCAACGGCGCCGCGGCGCUCUCGCUGCCUGGCGCGCUGGCCAAGCCGAUCAUGGAUCAGUUGGUGGGGGCUGCCGAGACCGGCCUCCCGUUCUCGUCCCUGGGGCCUCAGGCGCAUCUGAGGCCUCUGAAGACUAUGGAGCCCGAAGAGGAGGUGGAAGACGACCCUAAGGUGCACCUGGAGGCCAAGGAACUUUGGGACCAGUUCCACAAGCGGGGCACAGAGAUGGUCAUUACCAAGUCUGGAAGGAGAAUGUUCCCUCCAUUUAAAGUGAGAUGUUCUGGGCUGGAUAAAAAAGCGAAAUAUAUUUUAUUGAUGGACAUUAUCGCUGCGGAUGACUGCCGGUAUAAAUUCCACAAUUCGCGGUGGAUGGUGGCGGGCAAGGCUGACCCUGAAAUGCCCAAAAGGAUGUAUAUACAUCCGGACAGCCCGGCCACUGGGGAGCAAUGGAUGUCAAAAGUGGUCACUUUCCACAAACUGAAACUCACCAACAACAUUUCGGACAAACACGGAUUUACUUUGGCCUUCCCAAGUGAUCACGCAACGUGGCAGGGGAAUUAUAGUUUUGGUACUCAGACCAUACUGAACUCCAUGCACAAAUAUCAGCCACGAUUCCACAUCGUCCGAGCCAAUGAUAUCCUGAAACUCCCUUAUAGUACAUUUCGGACUUACUUGUUUCCCGAAACAGAAUUCAUCGCCGUGACUGCAUACCAGAACGAUAAGAUAACUCAGUUAAAAAUAGACAACAACCCUUUUGCAAAAGGCUUCCGGGACACUGGAAAUGGCAGAAGAGAAAAAAGAAAGCAGCUCACCCUACAGUCCAUGCGGGUGUUUGAUGAGAGACACAAAAAGGACAAUGGCACCUCGGACGAGUCCUCCAGCGAACAGGCCGCCUUCAGCUGCUUUGCCCAAGCCUCCUCUCCCGCAGUCUCCACAGUAGGAACUUCUAACCUCAAAGAUCUGUGUCCCAGCGAGGGCGAGAGUGACACCGAGAGCCGGGAGGAGCACGGCCUGGAGGCCUGCGACGCGGCCAAGAUCUCCACCACCACGUCGGAGGAGCCGUGCCGCGACAAGGGCAGUCCCGCGGUCAAGACGCACCUCUUUUCCACCGCCGAGCACGGCGGCCGUUCCCGGGACAGCGGACGGCCCGAUAAGGCGUCGCCUGACUCGCGCCACAGCCCAGCCACCAUCUCAUCCAGCACCCGCGGCCUGGGCACGGAGGAGCGCCGGAGCCCGGGCCGCGAGGGCGCAUCCACGUCCAAGGUGGAGGAGGCGCGCGUGCCACCGCCGCCGCCGCCGCCGGGGAAGGAGGCUUUCGCUCCGCUCACGGUGCAGACGGACGCGGCUGCAGCGCACCUGGCCCAGGGCCCCCUGCCUGGCCUCGGCUUCGCUCCGGGGCUAGCCGGCCAGCAGUUCUUCAAUGGGCAUCCUCUCUUCCUGCAUCCCGGCCAGUUCGCCAUGGGGGGUGCCUUUUCCAGCAUGGCGGCCGGCAUGGGGCCCCUGCUGGCCACUGUGUCCGGGGCCUCCACCGGCGUGUCAGGCCUGGAUUCCACCGGCAUGGCGUCUGCGGCGGCGCAGGGACUGUCGGGGGCGUCGGCGGCCACCCUGCCUUUCCACCUUCAGCAACACGUCUUGGCUUCGCAGGGCCUGGCCAUGUCGCCAUUCGGAAGCCUGUUCCCUUAUCCCUACACGUACAUGGCCGCAGCGGCCGCAGCCUCCUCGGCAGCUGCCUCCAGCUCUGUGCACCGUCAUCCCUUUCUCAACUUGAACAGCAUGCGCCCGCGGCUGCGCUACAGCCCUUACUCCAUCCCGGUGCCGGUCCCAGACGGCAGUAGCCUGCUCACUUCGGCCCUGCCCUCCAUGGCGGCGGCCACGGGGCCCCUGGACGCCAAAGCCGCCGCCCUGGCCGCCAGCCCGGCUUCGGGGGCUGUGGAUUCAGGCUCGGAACUCAACAGCCGCUCCUCCACGCUGUCCUCCGGCUCCGUGUCCUUGUCGCCCAAACUCUGCUCUGAGAAAGAGGCAGCCACCAGCGAACUUCAGAGCAUCCAGCGGCUGGUUAGCGGCUUGGAGGCCAAGCCGGACAGGUCCCGCAGCGCGUCCCCCUAG